AUGUCAUUCGUCUCGAAGAUUGUGACUGCAGCGGGCUACGGCCUGCUCGCAUCCCUAUCGGCCCGGUUUCUGCAGUUCUUAUACAUCCACCUGCGGCCGUCUUCUAUUUCCAAAUACGGCAAGAAGCAUCGUCUGUAUAAGCCGAGCUCACGCACAUGGGCCUUGGUGACCGGAGCUUCGGACGGCUUGGGCGUUGCCUGGGCCCACGAACUAUCAAAGUCGGGAUUCAACGUCAUAAUCCACGGACGCAAUCCGGCCAAACUUAAUAAAUUGAAGGCCGAAAUCGAAGAGAAGCACCACGUCCAAGUGAGGACCUUGGUUAUUGACUCCGGCCGGGAGCCCGUGGCAUUUGACGAGGCCAGCUAUGCUGCCUUCAACAAAGCCGUCCAGGAUGCGACGGCCGACGUGCCGCUGACGGUCCUUAUUAACAACAUUGGAAUCAUCGGCAACUGGUACGCGAUGGCGGACACGCCCGCAGACGUGGUCGACGACAGCAUCAACAUCAACGUGCGCUUCUCGAUGCAGCUCACUCGUGCACUGCUGCCCACGCUCACGCGGAACGCGCCCGCGCUCAUCAUCAACGUGUCGAGCCAGAGCGACGCCUCGCCCGUGGCGUACGCGACGCUGUACACCGGGGCAAAGGGCUGGGGCCAGGCGUUCCACAGGUCGCUCAGGUACGAGAUGCGCGACACGCGCCAGGACGUCGAGGUGCUCACCGUGGUGUACGGGUUCAUUGCGACCACAAGCACCGGGCGCACCGACAAGGAUGCUCAGUUCGGGGUCGCAACGCCGUCAGUCGCCGCGAGGGCCGCGCUGAACAAGGUCGGGUGCGGAUACAGCAUCGUGACGCCGUUGUGGCAGCAUCAUGUACAGCAGUGGCUGGUCGGUUUGUUCCCCAUUGGUGUGAGUGAGAGCAUUGUUGCCAAUGUUAUGCUGGAGCAGAAGGAGAAGAUGGUAGCUCUCGCGAAGAGUAAAUAG